GGUGCCGGUGCGGGUUUAACGGGAGCCGCACAUCCCGCUUUUCCUCAUUGAGCUCCGCGUUCCGUUCUGCACUUCGACAUGGGGCGCUACAGCGGACAGACAUGCCGCCUGAUUUUCAUGCUCGUGAUCACGGCGAUCUUUUUCGUGGCCGAGAUCGUGGCUGGUUAUUUGGGGAACUCGUUGGCGCUGGUCUCGGACUCGUUCAACAUGCUGUCGGACAUCCUGUCUCUGUGCGUGGGGCUGGCUGCGGGGAGACUUGCGCGCCGGCCCGCUUCUCCCCGCUGCACGUUCGGCCUGGCCCGGGCUGAGGUGGUGGGCGCGCUGGCCAACGCGGCUUUCCUGGCGGCGCUCUGCUUCUCCGUGUCCGCCGAGGCGCUCAAGAGGCUGGCGCGGCCCGAGGCUGUGGACGAGCCUUUCAUCGUGCUGAUCGUCGGCUCUCUCGGGCUCGGGGUCAACAUCGUCGGGCUGCUCGUGUUCCAGGACUGGCGGUGGCUAUGUGGGAAGAAGGACAAGAGCCGAGACAAAUCGACCGACAGCGACGGGAAAAUAGUCAUGAACGGCGAAGCAGGCUCCGACUCGGCUGCUUCACAACACCAGGAUAAGAAGCAGAGUGACGGACCUCCACUCAACAUAAGAGGAGUUUUGCUCCAUGUGCUGAACGAUGCUCUGGGCUCGGUGGUGGUGGUGGUAGCCGCGGUGCUGUUUUACGUGCGGCCCCUGCCACCUGACGCGCCCUGUAAUUGGCAGUGCUACGUGGACCCGAGCCUGACGCUGGUCAUGGUGGCCAUCAUCGUGUCCUCAGCUGUUCCUCUAGUCAAAGAGACCACCAGAAUUCUGCUGCAGAUGAGUCCACCUGAUCUAGACGUCUCCUCAAUCUUGGAGGAUGUCUGCCGGCUGCCCGGAGUCCUCGGCGUUCAUGAACUGCACAUAUGGGAGCUGGCCAAAGACAGGAACGUGGCCUCCAUGCACGUCAAACUGUCCUCAGACCUGGAAAGCUCGAAAGGAGAAAUCCGACGUCUCCACGGUAAGAUCAGAGAGAUGUUACAUCGCCUGGGGGUCCACAGCGUCACACUGCAGACCGAGUUCAUCAACGAGGACAUGGAGAAUGAACACUGUGGAGCGCCGUGUGUCUCCUACGACUGUCUGAAGCAGUCCUGCUGUCCUGCUGACCAGACGACACAGAACCACACCGAUCUCCAUAAAGUGAAGGACUCCUGCAGAACUGGAGAAGUGGCCGUGGACUUUGCGGACGGGUGUAGAGAUGAGGAACCGAGACUCCUGGCGAGCACGCCCUUCUAAAAACCUUCAGGUCUGCUUCUCUAACUAAACUGAGCUUUAACCAGAACCAAACAUGCUAAAGGCUAGAAACAAAGAAUCCAGUCAAAUUCAGUCUUUAUGGCUGAGGGACUGUGUUUUUUCCCCCCAAACGCACUGCAAUUGAAUUGUUCAUUUAGUUCCAUUAACAUUUGCGCUAACCGCUAAUUGGGGAGCGUGAUGUAUCGUUAUACUAGAAGCCAUUUCUACUACACACGUUACACCUCUGAAUUAACAAGCUGCAACAAAACAUUUUGGUUGGGAAGAAAAUCCAAAAUAUUCAAAACACAAAAAAUAAAAUCCGGCAUUAAUUGUUUUUUUUUUUAUUUUCAGUCUGAUUGUUUAAACAUCAAAUAAUUAAAACUGUGUAUGUAUUUAAAUGUAAAAAGCUUUGUUAGCUACUGACUAGGUGACAAAACCAAGAAGCUACAUUGCUAUUUGAUUUUUUUCCCCAACACCCUCAGAGAGAAGCAACAAAAUCCUUUAACCUGGCUGAAAUCUUGCCUCAAAUGCAUCAAUAAAUUAACCCAAAUCUAUCAGACCUGUAGAGUUUAUAAAGCUACUCCAGCUCUCUAACUAACCCUUGAACAUUCCAGAGAAAUAUUACCUCAGGACUGGUAUUGCUAACUAGCUUCAGAUUUCUACCCUUUUUUGAUUUUUGGUUAGAGAACUGAGCUAAUGUGGUUCUGAGAAACUGUCUGGAACGUUCCGGAUAAAAAUCACAAACCAGCAGAGAUUUGAGAGGAUUAGUCACAACACCGCUCUGAAAAUGAACCAAAAUUUUAUCUUUGCAUAGCGUUGGUCGCUUGGCUUGUUGGUGAACAUGGCUACCGGCAGAACUGCUGCUAACCACAAAUUAGCCAAGUGCGCUAACCCUGUGCAAAAUCUGAAACUUCUCAAAAUGAACUCUAGCGAGGACUUUUAUUAAACACUAGCAUCUGGGAUAGAAGCUCAAACCUCACCGUUAGCCUUUUGGUUGGAGGCGAUGGAAUAAUCCAGAUAGAAAUCCAGGUAUCUCAGGGACUAGAAUGACCUUUCUGCAAACUACUGUAUUUAUUUAACUUCCUGUGCUGUUGGCUGUGAUGCAAUCAGUUUCUGCUGCAUUCUAAAGAUGAAGAACGGCUAACUUCGUUACGAAAGGAUCGUACGGCCGAGACCAAUGUGUGCCCUUAAAUCUUGAUCUUAAAUCUCAUGGUGCAGAUGCUUUAAUCCCAGUGAGCAGCGACUGGACCGAGGCGACCGGCUGGAGGUUGAACACACGGCUUUUCCGGGUCUGUUUUGUGUUGGCCUUAAAAAAUCGUAAAAACGUUACUUUCACUUAGCUUACCAUCUCAACAUUAUUAUUUUUUUGUGUCUUAAUUGCAAAUGUUACUUUAACAUAAUAUUUAACAUCAUAAUCCACUGAAUGUUAGCAGACAGGAUUAGGAUUAUAAACUAAUAUUCUAAUGAACUAGUUAUAGCGAGAGAUGAUGUGGUCUGUAACAAAAGUGAAAAGUCCAAAUAAACGGUGAGAAUUUAUUAAGUGUGUAGAAGCCAUUUUAGCUAGACAUCAUUUCAUCUCCAUAACUUAUUUCACGAUGUGAUCACCAAUACAAUUUCACCCAGUCACUUCCAUGAUGAGCCAUGAACAUGAAUUUCUAAAAUGACUCAUUCAUGACACUUCAUACUCAGAAACCUAGGACAGGGAUGUCCAGUCUUAUCCGCAAAGGGCCGGUGUGGGUGCAGGUUUUCAGUCUAACUGAGCAGAAGCUACACAUGAGUCUACUGAAAGCCAAGAUCAGUUGAUUAGCCAGUUGGAAUCAGGUGCAGUUUCUGCUUAGUUGGAAUGAAAACCUGCACCCACACCGGCCCUUUCUGGAUAAGAUUGGACACCCAUGCCCUCCCCUAGGAUAAAUCCGACAGAUUUAGAAAUUAGAAGCUAAAAUUCGGUAAAAUAGGCUAAAGUGAUCGUUAAACAUCUGGUCAAAAUGAUGCAGGUCAAACUGAUGAGAAAUUAAAAAACACUCAUUAAAUGUUUUCUCAAUGUUUUUUUUAUAUUUGGCAUUUUCACAUCUUUGAAAUAUUUGAGUGCUCAUCACUGGGAUUAUAAUUUACUACCGUGUUAAAAUCUUAAACUAGCUUGCAUUUUAUUCGAGUCUCAGUGUAACGUCUGGGACCACCGCCCUAUGCGGGGCUCGACCCCAGACGCCCGUGGUGUGUGUGCGCACGCCAGCACACGGUGUAAUGAGACCCAUGCGCAGGAUUCAGCGAAGCACUGCUUUUAUUAUAUUUAAGACGCGACAUAGGGAAACAAACGUAACACUAGACAUGGCGUGGUUAACUAAACAAAACAAAACAAAACAAAACCUAGACCUUAGCUUGGACAUGGAACUUAGCAAACAAAACCCCAAUAGAAACCACGGUACAGAUAACAAUCAUGGACAAGGACACAAACACAAGGAUCCCUAUUUAUAGGGGUAAACAUUAGGGCUAAUGGGAUACAGGUGACACAUUCAGGAUAGGAACAAUAGGAAGGGCGUAACAAAAGACACACAAAGAAGCAGGCAUCCAAGGUUCACCUGCCAGCGCCCUCUCUGGGCCUGGCAGGGAACUGUCCAGCUGUUCCUGACACUCAGUUUAUUUUUAUUUUAUUUUUUGUUUUAUGAUUUUCUUACAGAUAUGCAUAUCCUAACUUUUGAUGUGUUGUAGCUUUUUUUUUUUUUUUUUUUUGGAUGACAAUUUUUGUCUUUUCUAUUUCUUACAUGUUUGAGCCUCAAUCAUCAUCAUAAAUUAGCAGGAACUGAACUUUGACCUUUUACCUCAGACACUACAGGAAAUACGUCUAGGCAAUGCUGACUAAUAUGAAGUGAUUGUCGUUGUUCUUUGUAAAAUGUAAAAUUGUAAACUCUUUCAUAGGGUACCUAUAUAGAUGUAGGUAUAUAGAGUUAAUCUGCAAUAUUGUUGGCAUUGUUUUGAUUUCGAAGAGUUUGCAUUUGCACAUUACUUUUUGUCCAUCAGACUGUGAUGUAAAUACCAAAGUGCACUUUCUGUUAGCGUAGCGACUCACGAUUCCUUUAGACUUCAGUGGGUACGUAGCAAAUCCUGCCUCACAGCUCAGCUUUCCAGACAUCAUCACCACACAGACUGGCACACUGGCAUGAACAACAGCUUGGAAACUAAGUGUUAACAAUCUAAAUGAAACGUACCCAAAGAAAUUGUCUUCCCUGUUGACUGUGACGAACAAGAAAAUAAUCGAUGGAAGAAAAACUUUGUGGAGCUCAUUAUGUUCAGCUGAACAUAUUCUCCUCAAGUCAAGCACUUCUUGUAUUAAAUAAAAAGAAUUUAAAUUUGUAAAUGUUAGAUUUGAUGAACCUGUAGUAUAUUUUAUUAACAAUAUUAAACGUUCGAUGCAAAAUCCAUUUACUAAGCUAAAAACGGACCCCGUCUCAAAAAAGUUUAUAACAUAGAAACAUAAAAACGAGGAAGAUUCUGGUGUAAAUAUACCGAGAAUCAAACUGAGCUGAAGGUUCAGGUGAAGGUGAAGCCAGGAUUGAGAACCGAUUGGAAACAAACAUCAACGAUUAAAUAUUUUAGUUCAUUUUUUGAUUUGAAAUCUGAUCCGAGUAUCUGCUGUACGUUAGUUACUAGAACACUGGUUGUAAAACGUGUUGAAACUUUAGCCUUUAUUUCUACUGACCUCCAGUGGACGAGCGUGAAAAGCGUGAUGUCUGGAAAGCAGCUGAAUCUCAGACUCUUCUGCGUGAUUUGUUUUUUGUUUUUUUUUUAUAUAGAUUCAUUGUUCCUGAUUUUUUGUUUCCAUAAAAUCAAACAAAUAAACUUGUUCAGUUAUUGUU